UUAGCAGUUUGUAUAUCAACAAUACAGAGCUAGUCUGUUGCUCAUACUUUAUAUUUAUAUCCCUUAGAAUAGCCAUUGUUUGACUUCCUAAACAGUGUGUCUUGUGGGAUUAGAGUCUGAAGCCAGAUAUCAUGAAGUUGGAGAUACCUGAACACUUUGAAGAUGUUACUGUUGAGUUUUCAAAAGAGGAGUGGAAGAUGCUGAAUGAACAGGAAAAAGAACUACACAGGGAGGUGAUGGUACAGAACUAUGAGCACAUGGUAUCUGUAGGGUAUAACAUUCCACUAAACCACCUGCUGGCACUCCUUGGGGGAGACAAGGAAAUUCCACAUGCUGAUAUGGAAGGAAGAAAGAAGGUGUUGGAAACGGGAAUUUCUGAUGGGUCUGCCAACAUUCUCAGUAGUAAGUUCAAUGGGUAUCCUCUCUCCAUGAAUAAACCUAUCAAGGUGCCAGAAACUUUUGAAGAUGUUGCUGUUGAAUUUUCAAGGGAGGAGUGGGAAAUGCUGAGUAAAAGAGAGAAGAAACUACACCGGGAAGUGAUGGUGCAGAACUUCGAUCACAUGAUAGAUGUUGAAUAG